CAAGAUAUUCAGAUAGAAAAGCUGAGGACAGAACUACACAUAUCACCCUUUCUCUUUUCCAUUCAUGGCCUUAUCUUUCUCCACUGCUGUAUUCUCCUCAAAGCAACAAUACAACCUAAACCCACCAUCAAAAUACUUGAACAUAAGGAUUCAAACCCCCCAUAUAGUUUCCAGAUGUGAAUCAUCAGAAUCCAAAUUCCCAGAGAAGCAGUCAGAAUUUCCCAAAAGGAAUUCAAAACUUCAGAUUGGGUCUCCAAUUGUAUUCGUUGAAGCUCCAGAAUAUAUAAAGACUGCAGCUUCAAUGCCAUGUCUCAGGGUCAACACAGGCUUAGUCAAGCCAGGUGACGUGGGAAGAAUUGUGGCAAGAAAGCCUAAGGAUGUAUGGGUAGUACGCCUUGCCAUUGGUACCUAUCUCAUAGAUGGAAAGCAUUUCAGGCCCUUGGAUCUAGAUGAUUGAUUAAUUCCUCACACUUUAUACAUUUCCUAUGAGGUUCUAAAACAUCUUUGAUGUCUGAAUCAAACUGGUUUUGUAUUCCUUUCCAAUUUUUUCUUGAUUAAGUUUAGGAUCUAAACGAAUGAGUGGCAUGAACAUAUUUUUAUUUUUUUCCUUUGUAACAUUUGGUGUGUUAGUGUUGAAGUGGUUGUUUUCUGAUUAAGGAUCGAUAACCUCAACCUAUAGUUGCAUCGAGCUUAAUUAAGUCGACUUUGAUUCA